GAUUGUAUUAGACGAUUGUAUACACUCGGGCACUGAGGGCGCGUGAACCUUCUCUCGUCUAAACGCAUUAAUGAAGAGGAAAAUUGAUUUCUGCACAUAGUGAUAACAGCAAUAAGACUGUAACAUGGCUAUACAAAGGAUAUUACGGGCGGUUAUCAUGGGACCUCCGGGUUCGGGGAAAGGCACCGUGUCAGGGCGCAUUGUAAAAAGUUUCGGAUUAGCACAUCUUUCAAGUGGGGACCUUCUGAGGUCCAACAUAAAAUCUAAAACAGAGUUGGGUCUCCUGAUGAAGUCAUGCAUUGAUCAGGGACAGCUGGUACCUGAUGAUGUCAUCUCCCGUCUCAUCUUGACCGAGAUGAGGAAUAUGGACCAGAGCAGCUGGCUGCUGGACGGAUUCCCCCGUACUGUGGUUCAGGCAGAGUCCCUGGACAACGUGUUCAGAGUAGACACAGUCAUCAACCUAGACGUGCCUUUCCAGACUAUUAAACAGAGGUUGACCUCCCGUUGGGUCCACCAGCCCAGUGGACGGGUCUACAACAUUGACUUCAACCCUCCCAAGAUCGCUGGUAUCGAUGAUGUCACCGGAGAGCCUCUGACUCAGAGAGAUGAUGACACACCAGACACGGUUAACAGAAGGCUGAAGGCCUACGAGAACCAGACGCAGCCGGUCUUAGAGUACUACAGGAGUAAAGGGGUGUUGGAGACAUUCUCAGGAACAGAAACCAACAAGAUUUGGCCUCAUGUUCAGGCCUUCCUGUCCAAAAAACUCUUGGCACAAAAUGAAACAGUUGGUGAGAAAGCUUAGUGUCCAUUUUGAGGGAAAUGAAUGGAUCAGUUCACCAGAACUUCAAAUAGGAAUUACCUUUUCGGUCCAAAGCCUAGCAGUAACUAUGUGCCUGUAUAAGACCAUGCCACUUAAGACCACACAUUGAGUCAAUGCCACUUUCCAUCUCUGUUCACUACCUAUCUAACCUUUUCUAAGAUCUGUUUGAAUUUUCUUGACAACUUGCACGGUCACACCAAAUAAUGGCUGUACACUCUAAAAAGUAGAGGUUCUAGGAAGAAAAAUGUAAACGGUUCUCUAUUAAAAGAGGUUUUUGAAAAACCCUCUACAAGAACUUCAACUCAUAUAAGUAUUUUAUAAAAAAGGAGGGGGAACUUGUCUUGAGGUCCAAGGUUUCAGUGUUAAGGACCCCUACAUGGUCCUCCAGGAACCUUUUCUUUUUAGAAUAUAAGAGUUGGCAGGACAGAACAAGCAGGUCUAGAACCAAACCAAGCUGUUCCAUAUGUACAGUGGAUAUAAAAA